GUGUUUCCCCUGCCGCGGGGAAAUGGCUGCUGUUGAUCCUUCUGGGCUAGGGGAGAAGAAUGAGGUAGAGUGUUUUUGUGCCUUCGGGUAGGAUCGAGAGUGUUGGGAAGAGGAGAGCGUCCCCGGGGAAAUGAGACUAAUAGGGAUGCCAAAGGAAAAAUAUGAUCCUCCAGAUCCUCGCAGAAUUUAUACCAUCAUGUCAGCGGAGGAGGUAGCCAAUGGGAAAAAAUCUCACUGGGCAGAAUUAGAAAUCUCGGGUAGAGUGCGGAGCUUAAGUACAUCACUUUGGUCAUUGACACACUUGACGGCAUUGCACCUAAAUGACAAUUUCCUUAGUCGCAUUCCACCUGAUAUUGCCAAGCUUCAUAAUCUGGUUUACCUGGAUCUGUCAUCCAAUAAACUCAGAAGUUUACCAGCAGAACUAGGAAACAUGGUGUCUCUCAGGGAAUUGCUUUUAAAUAACAAUCUGUUACGGGUUUUGCCUUAUGAACUUGGUCGGCUCUUCCAGCUACAAACUCUAGGUUUGAAAGGCAAUCCUUUAUCACAGGAUAUUCUCAACUUAUACCAGGACCCAGAUGGAACACGAAAGCUACUGAACUUCAUGCUUGACAAUCUUGCAGUUCAUCCAGAGCAGCUUCCUCCGAGGCCAUGGAUUACAUUAAAAGAACGAGACCAAAUUCUGCCAUCAGCAUCAUUCACAGUUAUGUGUUACAAUGUGUUAUGUGAUAAAUACGCUACCCGGCAGCUAUAUGGCUAUUGCCCUUCCUGGGCAUUAAACUGGGAAUACAGGAAAAAGGGAAUUAUGGAAGAAAUUGUUAACUGUGACGCAGAUAUCAUUAGUCUUCAGGAAGUGGAAACAGAGCAAUACUUCACUCUCUUUCUGCCAGCACUGAAGGAGCGUGGAUAUGAUGGAUUUUUUUCUCCAAAGUCACGUGCCAAAAUCAUGUCUGAGCAGGAGAGAAAGCAUGUGGAUGGUUGUGCAAUAUUCUUCAAAACAGAAAAAUUCACAUUGGUGCAGAAGCAUACAGUGGAAUUUAACCAAGUGGCAAUGGCUAAUUCAGAUGGAUCCGAAGCUAUGCUGAACAGAGUGAUGACGAAAGAUAACAUUGGUGUUGCUGUGGUAUUAGAGGUCCACAAAGAACUAUUUGGAGCAGGUAUGAAGCCUAUUCAUGCUGCAGACAAACAGCUGCUUAUAGUGGCAAAUGCCCACAUGCAUUGGGACCCAGAGUAUUCUGAUGUGAAACUUAUCCAGACCAUGAUGUUUGUCUCAGAGGUUAAAAACAUUUUGGAGAAAGCCUCAAGUAGGCCUGGCAGCCCAACUGCAGAUCCUAAUUCCAUCCCGCUGGUGCUAUGUGCAGAUCUUAACUCAUUGCCAGAUUCAGGUGUUGUGGAAUAUUUAAGCAAUGGAGGAGUAGCUGACAACCAUAAAGAUUUCAAGGAACUAAGGUACAAUGAGUGUCUUAUGAACUUCAGCUGCAAUGGAAAAAAUGGAAGCUCAGAAGGGAGAAUUACACAUGGCUUCCAACUUAAGAGCGCCUAUGAAAAUAACUUGAUGCCUUACACCAAUUACACCUUUGAUUUCAAAGGCGUGAUUGACUACAUUUUCUAUUCCAAGACUCAUAUGAACGUGCUUGGUGUCCUGGGGCCUUUAGAUCCUCAAUGGCUGGUUGAGAACAACAUCACUGGGUGUCCACACCCUCACAUCCCUUCAGACCACUUCUCACUGUUAACACAACUUGAACUCCACCCUCCACUCCUGCCUCUUGUCAAUGGUGUUCACUUGCCUAAUCGGAGGUAGUGGAGUACUGCCCCGCAAAGACGGGGAUCUGUUGCUAUGGACCUGUAUAGUUGUAAAUCAAAGUAUGUAGGAGUGAAGUAUGGCCAUCCUUAAGCUGCUUCUUCAGGUUCCUUUCAUUAUGUGUUUGCUAUAAGACUUUGUACAUUUUUGUGCAUAUUGAUAUCAUUUGGCACUAGGGCUGGAACCAAAGUAUUAUUGUCUUUCCAAAAUUUUAAUUUAACGUGUUUUUAAAUUGGAUUUUCUUCAUAUUAUAUUAGGAGUCAGCAUUCAUAAUUGAUUAAUCACCUAUUUGAGGCCAAGCAACAAUGCAUUUGUUUUGAAAAAACGAAUACAUUCUUUUGAAUGGUUUCAAAUGAGCCAGUUGAUUUUGUAAAAGGCAAUUUUUUUAAACUAUAAAUAUAAGAUUUUAAAUUGAAUGAUGGCAUGCCUUCCAGGGAAAACUUUUUUGAAUUUCUGUUUUCCUUUAUAUCAGACCAAUUUUUUGGCUCCCCAAGUCAUUUGCACAUUAACAAAGCACUUAAAUUUGCUUGAUCUGUACAUAAACUAUGAUAUAACCUCUAGCUGUAAUAAGAAAUUUGAGAAAUUAAAAGAUGAUUGCACAGUAUGCUUUCAGAAUCAAGCAUUUAACAGCACAUGACAGUUUGUUGGCUAAACACUGGUUGUUUUGUUUUGGUUUGUUUUGAGAAAUCACUCUGUUAUUUUUGUCCCUAAUAUUAGUUAUAACCUGUUUAAAAGUAUUCUAAGCCUAUCUCUAGUUUAUUUAUAGGGCAACAGCAGGUAAUUUAUACUGCCAUAUAUCUUGAAAAUAGAAUUUGGUGUGUUUAGGAUGCCCACAAAAUUAGUGUCCAUUAUUUUUCAUUACCUACUUAUCCUUGUUUUCUAUCUGGUUAUACUGGAAAAAGAGAUAACAUCAUUUUGCCUUUAUAAUCAAAUAUUUAUAAAACAAACUGCUGAGAAAAAAGACCCUGAUCAAAGUUUCAGAAAGGGAAAGCCAUACAGAUAUUUCAUGUGUUUCCCAAAGUAGGUUAAAUGGUUGUUGGUUUUGAUUGAGGUUACUAAUAGAAAGGAUUUGAGGGGGAGAAAGAACAGAUUUUGGGCAGUAGUUGAAAACCUUGGAUCAUUUUUUUUCCUGACUCUAGCUGCCAAAUGGCCAUCAUAUGCUUUUAAUCUUUGUUUCCAUUGUCUGUCAGGGUUGAAUUAAAAAGCUACUGGUUUAUUCCCAACUGUUGAUGCCUUCAGAUAUGUUGGAAUCUUUUUUUUUUUUUUUUUUUAAUAUCCAGGAGGAGCCAGUUGAAAAUCUGUGACUCAAGAGGCAGUGAACGUAAUAUCUCGUUUUCUGGGGGGAAAAAUUGGUUGGCUACUUGAUGUUAAUUAUGGCACAGUAACAGGAAAAGGUUGUGUCUGUGUUUUUAAGUUUUUCUUUAUUCUGCUUUUUUGCUGCUAUAAGAGUUUUCUGAAAUUUAUAUUUUAAGACUUUUCAUGCACUUUACUGUUUCUAGUCUCAAAAUGUGAUAUUUUUAAUAAAUGAGAAAUUUUCCAUUAUGUGAAUGAAAUUUUAAAAGAAAAUAGCCUAUAUUUGUGUCUCACUAAUAUAUAAAGUACAAGUCAAAUUUAAAUUAUUUAAUUAGUUUUAAAUAUAUACAAUUUGUCUCCUCUUUCAAACCUGACAUCUUAGGCUGUUUUAUUAUUAAAUGAUGCAUUUCCUUUGGUCAUUUUAUACUAAUUUCUUCCAUAGUAAAUUAAUCAGGCUAUAUAAGAUAAUAUAUCCCCUGAAGGGUAAUUUUAGUGGGACAAGGGUGGUGGGAUGAUGUAAUAUCAUAUAUGGGAUUGCAUCAGAAGGGUUCUGUAAAGCCUAAACUCCCUUUUAAAAGUGCCUAGUGAUAGAGGCGUUGUUUGUCAUCUGCUAUAAUUCGAAUGUCAUUGUAGUUCAGUGAAGUUUGAUGUAAAUAAAAUAUGCUUUUGAAAAUGUUAAAGUACCAGAAUAAACAAAAAGAAACAACUCUUAAGAUGACAGAUUUUCCUCAAUGUACAGGUAUCCCUUCUUAUAUACCUCAAGCAUCCAACAUCUAGCCAUGCAAAUUGAUUACCUGAAGCAUAGUACUGGAAAGUAGAAUAGCAUGAAAAACUUAAUUUUGUGGACAUUACCUUUUUUUGUAAUCGGCUACUGUAUGUUUUAUUUUAGAUCUUUUUUUUGGGUGGAUUUUCUGCUCUGGAGGUAUAUGCACUAACAAAAUAUUUUCCUCCUUUCAUUAUACGCAUGUUAAUUAGCAAUGUGAGCAAUAUUUCCUACCAUACUUCACUCCCAAUAUUUUUUGAGAUGUUUGUAUAAAAUGGAAUUUAAAGUUCACUUAUGAUUGUAUAUGAACCACAGAGGAGCCCAUUUAUUAAUAAAAAAACCCUUUUUUAAUAGUUAAAUGUAGAGGGAAAAAUAAAAAAUUGGGAAACAUUGUAAACAGCUUAAGUUUAUUUUGUGUAUGAUUGAGGCACUCUGUUGCAGGAAGGUGUGUAAUUGGGUUCUCUCUGCUUCCAAAUGCACUCUUUCAAACCAUUCAUUAUCCUGUGUAUUUUAAAUGUGGUUUUAGUAAAUGUUGGUAGUAGCUCUGUUGAAGUAGGUAAUUGUGUUUUGUUUUGGGUGGCACACACACUUGGGGCAUGGUGACCCAAAUUUCAUGUGCACGGUUUCCCUUAAGCCCAUUGCCCAAAUUUCACACACCCUUCACCCUUUGUUCCCUUUGUAAAAGGAGUGGUAUCUGUUUUGAGCUGCCAAUUCAGGUGAUCAGAAAUGCUGCUAUCCUCAGCAUUGUCUUGUUAAAACGCAUGCCAUUUGGAACUUUGGCAGUGAGAAGCCAAAAGGAAGAGGUGAAUGACAUACAGUAGUUUAUGUUCAAUGAAAGCAAAAUAUAUAGGCUCAUAUACUUUCUAGUUUUCAGAAUAAGUUAAGCUUUAUACCAUUGAACUGCUGCAUAUUUUAUCUGAAGAUAAGAGAAAUUUUGGGCAUUUUUCGAUUGUGAUAUGUUUCUUUUAAAUUGUUAAAUAUGAUUCCUGAUAUUUAUCUGGGAACUGGAGUGUUCUUUAAAUUUAUUAAAACAGUGUUUGAGGAAGGGAAAACUGCACUGUUUGCCAUUAUAACAGUCAUACAAGUGCAUGUCAAGUCACCCACUCUCUCAGGCAUCAAUAUCCGCCUCAUAGCUUUACACAUUUUGAUGGGGAAUAUUGCAGCAUCCUCAGGACUGACAUCUGGAAAAGGCUCAAAUCCACUUACUGCUCCUUGCUUGUUGACUUUGUUUUAAAAUAUUGUGCCUGGUGUCAACUUUUAAGCAACAGCACUGCCUAAAAGCAAGCAGAGAACAGAAUCCCAGCACCAUUCUAUAGGCAACUUUUUAGAAUUCAGAUAUAGUAAAUCUGUUCAAGAUUUAUGAUGUUUUAUGUAAAAAAAAUUUUGUACAACAUAGCUGAAUAUUUUUGUUUUAUUUCUUUGAUGUGAGGCGUGUGAACGUUCGUUUGAAUAUCACAUGUUAAAGUCAGGUAUGGCACAAUGGGUUCUGAGACCAGCUUUUUCCCCCUCCCAUUUGCCUUGUUCCAAGCUCUUUUUUUCAAAUUACUUUUCUGAUAUUCAUAGGCAGAUAUUUAAUUUUACUAAUAAGCAUCCUGUGUGAAUGUAUUAAAAAAGCCACUGUGUUUUAGUGUUGUAGUUUGCAGAAAUAUAAAACUCUGUUCCUUAUUUGCUCCUAUUUUUGUGUCUUAGAGUUAUAUAUUAAAUCACAGAAGCAAGGGAGAAGGUUGAAAGAUAUCUAAGGCUCAUAUCACUUGAUUCUAUAGCAGAUCACAUUAGAAUUGAGGGUGUGGCACAUUAAAACCGGAACAUGGGCAAACAUCUAUUUAAAAAUUCUGUCUCCUAAGUAUAUAUUGUUAAAUGGUUGAAAAUUUAAGUCUGCAUUUCCAAGAAUUUCUAAAAUCACUGAUGUGAUCCUUUCUUUCAAUAUCAAAUAGCAACGAGUACAGAAACCACAUGGAGGUAUAUGUUCUUUGAAGGAACUGGAGGCAUAUAAUUUGUCAUUCCUAAUACAAGGCUAGAUUUUCUAUUGUUAAAAAUUGCCUGUGUCCCAAUACUUAUUUGAUUCUUAGCUUUUAUAUUCUGAAUUUGAGAUAUUUUAAUAGCUUUGCAAAAUAUGUUGACUGAUAGUAGCUUCAGUCACAGAAAUCAUGAUCAGUUUUUGUUACAGAAUGAUUUUAUGGCUAGCAGAAGCUUUAUGGCACAUUUUCAAAUAACUCAUGUUUGACAUAAAUGUGAAUUCUCACAUUUGUAAGGUUUUCUCACACCUCCCCUCACCUUUAAAAAAAGAAAACACCUUUCUAAUGUGUUGAAGAUGUGUUUACCCCCCUUUCCUUUUGAAUUGUAUCAUGUUUAUAGGACUCUGAAUUAUAGGUAGCAGAUUAACUAAAGAAGUUAGAAUUAUUUUUCUAAGCCAGGAACUUCAACUAAAGUUUUGAAUUUGUAGACAGAUGGGAACUUUUAUGCUUAUGAUUGCUUUGGGAUUUUAAUUUUAUAAUAGUAUCAUGAUCAUCAAAUUGAACUUCAGAUAUAGUUAACUAGUGCAUCUUUAACCUGGUGCAUUUACCAAAGUUAUAAUCUGUUCAAUAGGAUGCCCAGAGCAUCUUUCAGAAUUGUCACCAACAGCUAAGGGUAAAAAAGCCCUUAUAUCUGUACUGCAGGAUGUUCUGAACAAGAACCUCUUGAAAGACGGUUGGCAGUUUUGAGGAAGGUAUUAAGAAGCAUGCAUGUUUCUUAUUUUUACCAAAUCGCUUCUUUAUGAAAAUUUAUCUUAAAUCAAAAGGCCUGUAGAAAGAAAGAAAAGCAGGAAAAGCAAGCUUUAUUAACCUAGUAAGUAAUUUCUUUUGGCAUAAGUUUGGUUAGACUUGGAUUAUUCUUGGAACCAAAGGAAAACAAGUAUGUUGAGGUUUUCAUUCAAUAAACAUGACAUGGAAGUGAUAGAGCAUUUCUAAGUUAAAUAACUUUUAGUGUUAAAACAUAUGAAUUAAGGACAUGUGUAUUAAAUGUUAAUUUUUUAAUGGCACAUUGUACAAACAAUAACAUUAAACUGAAAUUCGAAGUGUCAUCAGAAAUAAAUCACAAUAUGACAGGGUAUGCAAAUAAAUGCCAAGUGAUAUGACUCUUUUGGCAUGGUACAUUUAGCUUUCAGAAUCUUUCAGAAGGCAUAAUUUGUCGCUUAUCACUAGUUAUUUUGGUUAUAGCAGUCUCCCUGAAUUUAGAUAAUUUCACCGUUUGUCAGUUUUAACUUGAAAGCAUAAGAAUCAUGGUAGCCCUCUCAGAAAUGGUCCUUGCUUAUUUCAGUUUUGUGUUAAUUUCAAAGUACCAAUACAUUUUCUUUAAGCCAUCAUAUUUAUAUAAUCAUAUUUAAUUUGCCUAUAGUUAUCUGAACUUACAAAAUUGGCUCCGUGUUGAUGUGUCAAACCAUGGCUUUGCUUCGUACUGAACAGACAUAGUAUCUCCUGCUACUUGUGUCAAUUUUGAUGCAGUAAGUGAUGCAGUAUCUGGGUUUCUAUUUAUUUAGAAACUGUACUGUCCUUUCUCUGUGCUCAACUUACUAAAAAAUGUAUUCCCUUACCUGUGAAAUUCCUGAGCGGUGCUCUGCCAGCUUUUGAGGGGAGGGGUUUGGAUGGCUGUGUUACUGCACACUGGAUCUGGAAUCAGUGUUGUGAGUGGCAAAUUUCUUAAACACCAGCAGCACUGAGAAGUGCACCAUGGGCAUUCGUACAGUUGUCCAAAAGCAAACACUGCUUUUACCUAGGAGAAGCUGAGGUAUAGAGUUAAGUAGGAGUACUUGGAAUGUUUCAAGGAAGAUGAAUUUUUCAACUUUGUUGUCUCUGAAGUAGGAUAGUAUAGAGGUGGGUGGGGUUUUUUUCUUUGUUUUUUUUUUUUAAAGCGAAUGUGUACCUUUUCUCUUUGGAAGGGCCAGGGUGUUUGGUCCAUUCCACCAUGAAUUAAUUUAUAUCAUCUAUUUUUCUUAAUUUAUAUCUUCUAUUGUGAUUUAUUUCAGCUAUAUAAUAAGUGCCAACUAAUUGUCCAUGGGACUAUAUACUCUUCUACUCAAUUUACCAUUGGAGUAGAGAGGGGUUCAUUUAUUUUCAUGACCUGGAACUAAAUAAUUCAUUGUUUUGCAUACAUUCGAGUCAUUCUGUGGCCUAUAGUGUUUUUGUAACUGAUUCUAAUGAUCGGAAAGCAAAGCACAUGAUUUUAAAACUGAGCAAGGUGUUUGGGUAAUUUUUUUCCCUGAAUACUUGUUAGUUUCUAUUAAUAAUAUUCUAAAACAAAUUGUUUCAGCUUAUGUAUUUGCUUUGUCCUAAGAAAAAGCCAAGCACUAAAUCAACUUGUUAUUGUGUUCCAAUAAUCAGUUUAAAAUCCUAAGUUGUUUUUUUUUUUAUUAGAGGAUUUAAUGAAGUGCCAUGUAAUUGUAGCUUGCUAGUGUUUAAUGUUUAAUAGACUGGUUCUGUGGUGUUCCAAACAUUUUACACUCUGUCAUCCCUGGAGAAAGUGGUUCUACUCUUAUUGAACACAUUCUCUCUGACAAAUCACCAGCUGCUUUAUUUUUCUAUUUAUUAAACAGUUGAUGAGGUCUGAAUCCUGACCUAACUGCUCAGCUGAGAUGUUUUUUCACAAUAGAUGCUGUACAAAAUGUGCGUGCAAAAGAACACAGUUGGGUGGUAGUAUUUUUUCAUUAAUGUGAACAUUGACUAAACAAAGCAGUCCUGCCUUUUAAAUCUUGUGGCAGCUCAGAAGGGAGGUGCUUAAGAAUCUUAACUACUAUGUCAGAUGACAAAAUACUUUUUUCCAUUUUGGAGAUUGGGUACUGCUCACACAUGAUGUAUAGGGCUAAAUAUAUGCUUGUUUCCUUGCACCUGUGUACUUCCCCUUCUCUCCCUCCCUUUCCUUCCCCUGUAGGCAAUAAAUGGCCAUUUUGCAACUGCA